AAGCCAGUGUCUUACCAAGCCAAGGCUAUUUGGUGCAUUGUUGAACCACCGUUCGAUUGUACAGUACCAUAACGUAGCGACGUCUUCUGCAGUCACUUGCUAAAGCUCGGUUGCUAACCUGUGGUGGUGAUUUAGUACUAUUAAGUUGAAUAUUUUUAAGUCACGAUAGUCAGUUUUUGGGGAACGUAGCGCUCCGUCUGAUUCACCAUGACCAGCGAACCCUCACAGACGGCCACGGCAUUGGCAUCGCUGACCGAGGCAUACACUGAUUCAGAGGACGAGCAGGACCUGGAACCCGCGGCGGUCCCUGCGUCUGCCGAACACAAGGAGCCGAUCAGCAAUGGAAUUCCGAAGUCGCCGAGUGCCGGGCCGCUCGUUUCGUACCGCGGCGAUGAGGAUGAUGAAGACACGGAAGUUGGAGAUGAUGAGGCGUCUGUAGCAGGUCCAUCCGGCAGCAAGCCGGGCUCAGUGCGGCCAGCGUCCCCAGUUUCCUUUCAUCGUACCCUGCAGAACUUAGGGCCAAAUGACGUCGUGCCCCUGCCGCCCGAGCCGCGAGGUCGCUGUGCCCCGGCACUGCAGGAGAAGAUCACACGCCUCUACCAACGAAAGCUUCGCGACCACCGUGACAUGAACGCGUCAAUCCAAAUGCGCAAGGACUUCCGAAACCCAAGCAUUUACGAAAAGCUUAUUGCAUACUGCGGCAUCGAUGAGCUGGGCACUAACUACCCGCCGGAGGCGUACGACCCGCAAAUGUGGGGACCGGAAUCAUACUACGACGAGCUGUCACGACGACAGAAGGAGGAGAUGGACAAGCGUGACAAGAAGGCCAAGGUAGAUUUCCUCACGGGAACUGCCAAGAAACCCGACUCACGUAAGAGCAAGUGGGACAUGGGUGGUGCGCAGCCCGUACUGGGCAUUGUCAACCCCAGCUUCGCUGCGCCAGCUGCGCUCUCAGCCAAACCUACCGUCAUCUCGGCCUUCGGCGCGUUGCCCAAGAAGAACCCGUCCACCUCCAAGCAAUGACUGGCUUACCCGGCGGUCGCCGCCGCCGCCACCAGACGGGCGCGUUGGUUUAACCCGGUACCGUUUGCCACGUAGGCAUCUACUAAACUCUCUCUCCCAGUGAAAACACUUGCGUGCUACGAGAGGGGAUAGCACUUACGGCGUUGCAGUUUUCAGGACAUCCAAAUACCUACAGCGAAGUUUGCUGAAAGUGCAACUAACCAUUUGCCUCAAAGGUUAUGCAACAUGUAAACAUAAGUGAAAUUGGAUGGUGUGUUGGCUUCAAAACCGGUGGCCGUGCUUAAGUUGUGCUGAAACUUGAGUAAGGCAAGUUGCUUGGUGUAGUGGCUAGUUCCCUAAUCAGUUUCUUUCUCGGUAGCCUAUUGUGAAUACUUUAGCUCCUAAACUCCUUCAUAUGUAGCACAUUCAUUGCAGCAUGGUCCAGCAUUAAUAAAAUACUAUGCUUUCA